UUAAAGAAAGAAGAAUAAGGUCUCGUUUGAGUGACAGACGCACUGCUGCUGCAGAAGCUCGUGCGCGUGUUUGUGUACAUGAAUGAAUUCCUCUAAGAUGUGUAAAUAAAUAGAUAAUGAUGUUGAUUUAAUAUGGAAAGCGAUAUACUCGAUGUUUUGGAUCAGGUCGGGUAUGACGGGCCGCUGUCAGAUGAAGAGUCUCUGUUGACUGCGUGUGGGCGGGGCUUCAGCUCAUCUGAAUAUGUCAGUCUACUGACACACCUGUUAACCAGACUGACCCACAUCACUGACACACCUGCAGGAGAGUCACUGAUCUCAGAUGAUCCUGACCGAUGGAGGCUGGACCUCAGCAGACUGCUGACAGAGUUCUGCUGCCCGUAUACAGACCUCACCUCCGGGUUAGCAAACGGAGACGUGAAAGACACAAAAGACCAUCUGAAGAUCCUCUUGUUUUUGGCGUCCGAGCUUCAAGCCGCUGAGAUGUUGGCCAGGAAACCAGCGCCUGACGCAGAUGUGCAGUGGAACCCGUCUCUCCAGGAUCUCCGAGCAAUAUGUAAAACUCUGAAUCUACCCGAUCCCAUCAGACAAGAGACCAGAGAUGUGCUCACUGCCGUAGAGAAACAGGUGUGUGUUUUACUCGAACAACUUCCAGAAAGACACAUCAGACAUCCAGCAUUCAAGGGUUCACUCGAUGCUGACGAUUGGAAUAAACUGGAGGAGAUAAACAGCAUUCUGUCAGCGCAGUAUGAGUGUAGACGGCGUCUGCUCAUCAAACGUCUGGAUGUCACCGUACAGUCCUUCAGCUGGUCUGAUCGAGCCAAGGUGAAAACUGACAGAAUGGCCAGGGCAUAUCAGUCAAAGAGAUAUUCAUUAUCAUUCAAGUCUUCAGUCAGUCUGGCUCAUGUGCUCGCUGCCCGAGACGACAUCUGUAACGUGGUGAAAGCCAGCAGUGGCUCCUGCCGAGAGAAAACCACCUGCACUGUUAACAAGAUUCUGAUGGGAGCCGUUCCUGAUCGCGGCGGACGACCGUCUGAGAUUGAAGCCCCUCCGCCUGAGAUGCCCGUCUGGCAGAAGAGAACUGAUGGAGGGGGCCGAGGGGCAGCUGGACGUUACGGAGGGAGAGGGGGAGGGGCCUAUGACAGGUGGGGGGGUGGAUCUAGAGGUGGAUGGAGACAGGGUAACUGGAGGACAGGACGAUGAUGUCAUUACUGACUGUUUCUCUUUGAUAUCACAGUGUUGUCGUGAAUGUUUAUUUGAGCGCUUUCUGUAUCGGCACACAAACUGAGACUUUUACAGUCAUGACAUCUGGCAGACGUGAGGAAUAUGUUGAUGCGUGUCUGAUCAACCAGUCGAGCUUCAGGAACACCGUUCAUUUCUGAUGAAUAAAGCCUGUUUUAAACAUAUGUCAUCUUGUCAAAUACCCUUCAUUGCCUCCAGGAUAAAACGCAACAAAUGUAAUCAUUGAAUGAUGAUGAUGGUCAACUGAAGCUCAAGCCUCAUGAAAACAGGCAGAAGAUUGCGAGUGUUGUACACGUGUUAGUGUGAUGCAUCAUGGGAUUGAAUGAGUGCACUUGAUAAUGCAGACACCAAAAAGAAUGGCUGUCCCCUCGAUCAGUGCACGGCAUAUUACAGAUGAGUGUUUCUGUGUUCUGUGUGUGAACAUCACUAUGCAGGAACAGCAGUAGAAGUUCAAGAAAGGAGGAGAAGAGGCAAUAUAUUGUCAUUGUCUGAAUACAUAACAGAUCGAUUCCUCAAAGAACUUACAUGUUAGCACGAUGUAAAUUAAUAUGGGUUUGAAUUGAU